CAGUGCUGAUAAUUUUUCUUAAAAAACUGUUCAAAACUAAACAUGCAUUUUAUUUAUAUUUUCACGUUACUAUUAAUAAAACACGUUUCAUCAUUCAUAAAAGAUUCUCGGGUAAUUUAUAGUACAAAUUUUCGACCAAGACACAAUAUAGAAACUAGAUCAUAUAAAGAUACAAUUAUUACGCACAAAGCUCGUUUAUCUAUUUCAAUAGGAGACGAAGAUUUUGGUCAGAUAGUGGUUGGAUUGUUUGGUGAGGUUGCCCCAAAAACAACGGAAAAUUUUGUUGAGCUAUGUCAAGAUACUUCGGAUGGAUAUGCUGGUACGAUUUUUCAUCGAGUUAUUAAAGGUUUUAUGAUGCAAGGGGGAGAUGUUACUCAUAAAGAUGGAACAGGUGGUAGAAGUAUUUAUGGUCCUGAGUUUGAUGAUGAAAACCUGAACAUUAAACAUAUGGGAGCAGGAACUUUAUCAAUGGCAAAUUCUGGACCUGAUUCAAAUAAUUCUCAGUUCUUCAUAACAUUUGUUAAUACUGAAUGGUUAAAUGGAAAACAUCAAGUAUUCGGAAAAGUUCUCUCAGGAAUGAAUAUUGUAAAAGAAGUAGAGAAUGUACAAACUAAUAAAGAUGAUCGACCGUUAGAAAAUGUGACCAUUACUGAUUGCGAAGCAAAAAAAGUUGAGGAGUUCACGCUUCAGGACUAUAUGAACGCUGACGCUUAAAACUUUCUUAUAACUAAUAUGUUUACCAGCUUGUGUAAUAUGAUCGUACUUAUAUACAUUUUUUGGA